AACAAAUCUUUAUUGAUUAGUGUGCUGGUAUAUGAGUGUACACAGCUCUGACCUGCACUGCCCGCUGGAUGUAACCGCAGUAUACCCCCUCCCUGCCGGGCCCUAUGGAAGAAGGACGCAUUAUGUACGCCGGUGAGCGCGGACUUUUGCCCAGAACAGAUCUGCUUUCUCGCCUUCAUCUUGGAGCAGAGAAUUCCGAUGUUCUCCAGAUGAUCUCCAGGAAUACUAUGAUGCAUAGGCAGGCUGUCAGCGGGUCUGAGCGCAGUCACACGCCGGGUCUUAUCCCGAAGCCUCCACCUGGAUACAUGGAGUCAUGUGAGGCCGCAAUCCGCACCACAAUGUGCAGGGAGGACAGAAAGAGAAGAAUCACUGGGAAAAUACGAGAUUAUAGAACAGAAACCAAACACAGAAGUGAAAUGAUGAUCAGCGGGAGCCUGGAGGAUAAGGCUCCAUCCUCCAUGUCAGAAGUGAGACAGAAGAAAGACCUACAAAGCUGCUUUGAAGUGACAGAUAAAACUGAAGGGAAAAUACUAAAGCAACCCGGCCGACUGAGGACUGACACAUGUCAGGAGGACGCCACCGAUGACGGGGUAAUGUCACAUAUACAGAGAGUCAGAGCCGGGCUCGGCUGGAAAACACCAAUUCCUCAACCAGAACUGAAAAGCAAGGCUGAUAAAUAUAAGAGAUUACUAAAGGCGAACACACUUCAGAAAGAAGAUAGAGGAGAAUUUGUAUAUUGUCUACCUAGAUGUCAGCACCACCCCACCGCCCGCUAUGAUCCAUACGAUCUCCAGGUUGUUCCAGCUUGUACCGCCGUUCGUUGUGACAUAUACUGGACUGUCAGUGCCACCCAUGUGUCUAAGGUAAUGAUGGUCUCCGGAGCAGAGAUGAUGGAGGUUGUGCCCAUCACAGAGUGGUUACACGAGAGGGAGAAAUACUAUGCUAUAAAGGAUUUACGUACAUUCUCCCAGUUCAGGCUCUGGAAAGCUUUUAAUAUUUGGAAAAGAAAUGUUCACAGAUCAAAGAUGGACGUCAGCAAGGCGCUGCUCCUCCGCCACUUGUUCCUUGCUGACGAACUCUUCCAGGGCUGCCUGCUGUACCUCCAGUCACUGUGCGAGGGCGCUGUGAAUUUCCAGAGCGAUAACCAGCGUGGAGAUCUGCCUAUUUUGCUUAUUAGCCUGGAUCCCUCGCGCACUUAUUCCCUGAAGGAUUUCUGCGAUAUUCAGAGCGCCGCGUGCAAGAACGGCCUGAAAAAACUUCAGGCGCUCAGAGAAACAUUGGUUAAAGUUAUCGAUCAAACUUUAUUCAAGGUGGCCGAGGCGCUGGGGUUGAUGGACCCUUUUUUAUCGAAAUCCACUAAGAAGCCAAAUUACACCGAGCUGUCCGAAUGGCGGAACCUGCAGGAGCGCUUCGGAAGGUUUCUGAGCCUGGUCGACUGCCUCUUCCAGGAGAUGCUGCGAUCCAUAGCCUCCAAUUCCGUCCAGAUGUUCCUCAAAUUCUUAGAAGCUUCCAGCAGCGAGACAUCAGCGGAGGAGAAAAAGAAAGACAAAGCGAGAGUCAGUGAGGACAAAAAGAUUAACCAGGAAAUGUCUGAUAAAGUCCAACAAAUGGCCGGUUCACCUGUAGAUAUUUCUAAGGUGAUGAGUGAAAUUCUAAAGAACGUCCGGGGGAAACAAGAAGUGGCGCCAGUGUUUGAAGUCCACUUGGUUCUUUCCUCCUUGACAGAAGACAAACAGCGACCUAUCUCUCGAAGUGCGUCGGCUUCACGUGAGCUUCCUGGAGGCAAGAAGCAAGUCACUUUUGAAGGACAUAAAUAUGAUCAUGAAGAAUCGGUCACUGAUGAUAAAAGCAAAGACAGUCCAAGAUGGUCAUCGGCUGCUUCUAACAGCGUCCUGGUCCUCCCUCCUAACACUGAGUUUGAAAUACAUAUACAAGGAAUUAUUGAUGGAUUUGAGAAGACUAUAGGUAAACUUUCUCCUCUUAGUGAGGAUCCCUGCUUUUCCAAAUUCUUCCUUCAGCCGACGAGUGAGAAGAAAACCCUUUCUCUUAAAGAGCCAAAGUGGAUUCAGAAGAAAAUCUGGCCUAACUGUGAGCUUCUUCUUGGAAUGGAUUCAGAUUAUCAGAGAUGGGUGAAAAGUAUAUUUUCUAUUCUCGAAUGCUCCAUGGAGGAAGUCCAAAACUACAGCAGCCAUUUUAAAAAGUUCUCCGCCAUGGUGGAAGCGGCUGAGAACGUGAAGGGGAAGAUAAGCGGCGCCCAGGCUGAGCUGACGCCGGAGGAUUAUAGAGGGAUCCUGGCCACGGUGAGAGGCUUCGUCCAGGAGUGUCAGCACAUGAGCGUAGAGAGAAGAGUCCUCAAUAUUAAAGUGAGGAGCCUGGACUUACAGACCGUGUGUCUUCAGCAUCUCCAGGCGGUGGUAGACAUCAUCCACACCUCCCUGCCAGCUAUGGCUUACACCAAGAAUAUGCAGCUUUUGGAAGUCAUCCAUAGAUCUCUACAAAGACUGAACGUGGAUCUGACCCAGGUGGAGGAGUUCGUGCAGCACUUGACGUUUCUCGGACAGAUCUCUUCCGAGCUUCUCUCCCUGGAGCGACAAUACAGCGCAGUCAUCCAGCUCUACUCAGUCGCCAAAGACUACGGCAUCAAAAUUCCCUCAGAAGAAACGGCUCUGUAUCAAAGUCUUAUUCCCAGCUUCCAGCAGCUGAAAUCGGCCGUUCUGUUCUGUGAAGCUAAAAAGGAUGAAGACAUUGUUCGGUUCAGCGGGGAUUUGGACAAGUACAUCUCAAACCUGCACUUUCACUUAAUGGAGUUUAAGAUCAAAGUGAACAAUCCAAUACUACUGGAAGCCGACACUUUUCCACUGGAAGCCAAUGAAGUUCUCUUCAGCCUCUUAGAAGAGUUUGAGGUCGUUGCCAACAAGGCCCGGUGUUACUCCAGCUACCAGGAACGGUUCGGGAGCUCGAUGACUCAGAUGAAGGCCCGGUUAAUGGAUGUCCUUAUGUCACAGAAGAGUGCCGGAAAUGGCGUCACCACCCAGAUGCUCAACGCCGAGCUCUCCGAGAUCGAAUGUGACUUGAGUUUGAGGAAGCUUCUCUGGGAGGCCAAAGAGGAAUGGGGGAGAUUGUCCACAGAGUGGAGACAAACCUCAUUUGAGACUCUUAACGUGGAUUUCAUUCAGAGAGACGUGAAUAGAUUCAGCCAUACCUUGUUUAUGCUUGAGAAAGGAUUGCCACCCAAUGACCUUGUGAUGGGUUUGAAGGAAUCCAUUACAGAUUUUAAGCAAAGUUUACCUAUUGUCGUAGCUUUAAGAAAUCCCUCUCUUCAAGUCAGGCAUUGGGACCUCAUACACUUCACUAUUGGCCGAAUGAUAACCAAAGAUAAGAGUUUUACUUUGGGAAACCUUCUAGAACUCAGGAUAUUUCAGCAUAAAGAUAAAAUCAUUGAAAUCUCCACGACGGCGACGAACGAGGCGACUCUGGAAGGGAUGCUGAACAAAAUCAUCAGUCUGUGGAGUAAGACCGACUUCAGGCUAACGGUGCACAAGACUGAACUUUCCGAAAUCCUGGUUAUUGCUACAGCGGAGGACAUCACGGCUCAGCUGGAGGAAUGUCAGGUUAUCCUCUCUACGGUGAAGGGCUCCCGAUACUGCUCCCCUAUAAAGAACACGGUGGAUGAAUGGGACAGAAAACUGAAUCUCUUCUCCCGCACCAUGGAGGAAUGGAUGAUGUGCCAGAGAAACUGGCUGUACCUGGAGCAGAUAUUCCUGGCGUCUGACAUCCAGAGGCAGCUCCCGGCUGAGGCCAAACUUUUUGCCCAAGUGGACAGUUCAUGGAAAGAGCUGAUGAAUCAGAUAAAAGAAAGACCCAACGCGCUUCGAGCUGCCACUGCGCCCGGUGUCCUGGAACUUCUACAGACCAACAAUGGUCAUCUGGAAAAAAUUCUAAAAUGCCUGGAGGACUUUUUAGAAAUUAAGCGUAGGGUUUUCCCAAGGUUCUACUUCCUCAGCAAUGAAGACCUGCUCUCCAUCCUGGCUGAAAGCAAGAACCCGGAUGUUGUCCAGCCUCACCUGGUGAAGUGCUUUGAGAACGUCCAACAUUUGGUCAUAAAGCGUCACCUGAACAGUUCCCCCGAGGUGGAGAUGAUUUUAUCGGCGGAAGGCGAGAGGAUCUGCAUGCCUAAAAAUGUCCGCAUCAGGGGCUCGGUGGAGCAAUGGCUGGGGAACGUGGAGACCAGUAUGUAUGAUGUCUUAAAAAAGCUGGUAAGAGUUGGAGUGCUGGACUGGGGCCAGUCAGAUUUUAAGAAAUGGGUACUUACCCACCCGGGACAGGUCGUCCUUGUAGUGAGCCAGAUAAUGUUCAGUAAGGAUUGUCUGAAAGGUUUCUCCAGCGAGGAUCCAGAGACCGAGCUCAGAACCGUCCUUUCCAACCUGGAGAAGCGUCUUGGUGACCUGGCGGAGCUGGCGGUAGAGGUUCCUCUCCUCCACCAGAAGAGAACCCUGGAGGCUCUGCUCAUCCUCUAUGUGCACUGUAGAGACGUCCUGACGGACUUACUGAAGAACAAGGUGUUCACUGCUGAAGACUUUGAGUGGACAAGGCAGCUUCGAUAUGAAUGGAACAAGCAGAAUAACUCGUGCUACGUGGUGCAGGCGGGAGCCUCCUUUAUGUACGGAUAUGAGUAUCUGGGCUGUUCCUCUCGUCUGGUCAUAACACCCCUCACUGACCGCUGCUGGCUGACCCUAACUGGAGCUCUGGACCUGCAUCUUGGAGGGUCACCGGCAGGACCAGCUGGUACCGGGAAAACUGAGACCGUCAAAGAUCUAGCCAAAGCUUUAGGAAAGCAGUGCGUGGUGUUUAACUGCUCAGAGAGCCUGGACUACAAGAUGAUGGGGAAGUUUUUCUCUGGGAUGGCCCAGUCUGGAGCCUGGUGUUGUUUCGAUGAGUUUAACCGCAUUGAUAUUGAAGUUCUCUCAGUUAUCGCCUCUCAGAUACAUGCCAUCAAAACAGCCAAGGACAGCCAAGCCAUAAGGUUCGUAUUCGAGGGAAGAGAGAUCCGUCUAAAUAUGUCCUGCGGAGUCUUCAUUACUAUGAAUCCCAGAUACAAAGGCCGCGUGGAGCUCCCGGAUAAUCUGAAGUCUCUCUUUAGACCGGUUGCCAUGAUGGUCCCUGACUACCAGCUUAUAGCAGAGAUAAUGCUCUUCUCCGAGGGAUUUAAGACGGCAAAGUCUCUGUCCGGGAAGUUGGUAAACCUGUAUCAGCUGGCGAGCAAACAGCUAUCUCAGCAGAAUCACUAUGAUUUUGGAAUGAGAGCUAUAAAGACGGUCCUAGUGGUCGCCGGUCAGAAGAAGCAGGACUUGGAAUGCAGAGAGAAGAACACAAGACUGUCCCCGGAGAAUGAAAUGCUGAUAAUAAUCGCUGCCCUGAAAGAAGCAAAUCUACCCAAAUUUUUGGCUGAAGAUGUGGUGCUGUUUGAAAACAUCAUGGCCGACCUCUUCCCAGGAGUCAACCCUCCGAAGGCAAACACUGAAAAAUUAGAGGAAGCCGUAUCUGCAGCCGUAAGUGAGUUAUGUUUGCAGCCAUGGGAGAGUCAAAUAGAGAAGGUCAUCCAGUUCUAUCACCAGAUUGUGGCUCGGCACGGUGUGAUGCUGGUGGGACCCACCGGAGGAGGCAAAACCACGGUGCGGAGGAUUCUGGAAAAAUCUUUGCAACAUUUUCCUUCAGCUCCAACAGGAAGCGGCGUCUCUUUGCCGACAAGGAAACGGAAAGUGGAGACCUUCAUCAUAAACCCCAAAUGUGUGACCCUGGGUCAGCUGUACGGUGAAAUCAACCCCAACACCAUGGAGUGGUCGGACGGCCUCCUGGCCUCGGCUGUACGGACCUUCACCCAACAGUCAGCGGCCAAGGAGGGAGGAACUAUGGCGUCUGCUGCGUCCACACCACAGGACACUGAAGAUCAGAAGAAUUCGGGUGAUGUCCAUAAGUCAGCGAGGAAGGAAUAUCUGGAUGAUGGUGGUUUAUCAUCUUCUAAAGGUGACCCCGAUUGGUACUGGAUAAUCCUGGAUGGUCCGGUGGACACAUUAUGGGUGGAGAAUCUUAACACAGUUCUGGAUGACACAAGGACACUUUGUUUGGCCAACAGUGAAAGAAUCCGUCUUCCACAAGGGAUGAGGAUGAUAUUUGAGGUGGACAGCCUAUCCCAAGCGAGUCCCGCUACUGUCAGCCGCUGUGCCAUGGUGUAUAUGGAUCCGGUGGAUCUAGGAUGGCGACCUUUUGUCAAGACUUGGCUAAUGCAGAUAUCCAAAAAAGUCCCAACAAUUGGGGCCCAGUAUCUGAGUACGCUGCUCGACAAGAGUGUAGACGAGGGAAUCAAAUUCAUCCGCAAACGCAAAGACAACUUACCGUUCCCCGUUCAGGACCUGGCGCUGGUUAUGAACCUGUGCAAAAUUCUGGAGGCUUUUAUCGACUUCAUAAGCGGAAACGGAGGCUUUGGUCUGAUAGGAGACGACUCGAGUGAGAAAAUUCCUUCCACAUCGCAUAGUCGGGAGAUACAAUCUGCAUCUGAAUCCAGGAGAUCGUACACCCCGAGUGUGAGCGAGAGCCUGAGAAGAAGAGAAGAACAGAAGUGGUUCUUGGAGAAGCAUCCGGAAAAGCUGGCUCCUCUGCUGGGGAAGCUGUACAUUUUUGCGUUCACUUGGGCCUUCGGGGGCGUUUUAGCCCGGGAGGAUGAACAUGAAGGAGAUUCCCUCAUUGGGUUGAAGGCCAGAGAUGAAUCCUUGGUGGAUGUCACCUACAACUUCAACAACUUUGUUCAUGACUUGUUUGAAGGAGAACAAACCAAUGGAGUCCAGCUUCCUCUGGGAGAGAAUUCAGUGUUCAGUUACUUUGUUGAUCUUCAAACCGGAAACUUUGUGUCUUGGGAAAGUUUAGUUCCGUCCACAGAAUCUGUGAUCCAGAAAGAAUCAUUGUUAUUCUCAGAGCCCUUAAAGACCAGAGGGGGCGCUCUUCAUGAGUUCAUCUCCACUAUAGACAGUCUACGAUAUUCCUUCCUUACCAGCCUGUUGCUUCUGCAUAAACAGCCAGUUCUCCUGACGGGUGACUCCGGAGUAGGAAAAUCAACGUUAGUCCAGAAUAUGCUGGAAAAGCUCCAGACUCCUGGUGGACUUUCUGUAAGAGCUGGGACUGUGCUGGGGGAUAUCUUCCUAUUCAAUGAAUCGAGAAAAAAAACUCUUUUACAGAAUAUAACAUCAUUAACAACCGUGUCCAGAGCUGAUGAAGAUCUAGCAUUAUCUGUGGAAGAGGCUUCACUUGCAGGAAUAGUCACAGACGGACAGAUGUCUGAAGAUGACCCCGGCUCUCAGAAGAUGAAGCAGCUCUUGGUUUCCACGGUGCAGCUCGGCCCACACACCAGUGCGUCCAGAAUCCAGAGCCAGAUCCUUAGCAAACUGGUGAAGAAAGGCCGGGACACCCUGGGGGCACCGAGAGCUAAACAAGUGGCCAUAUUUAUCGAUGAUCUAAAUAUGCCCAGCCCAGAAGAAUAUGGCGCUCAGCCACCACUAGAGAUGAUGCGUCAGUUCCUAGAACUUGGCGGCUUCUAUGACACUAAGUCACUAGCAUGGAAGAAUAUCCAGGACACCACUCUGGUUGCUGCAUGUGCGCCCCCUGGUGGGGGGCGAAGUGAGAUCAGCCCCCGACUCCUGAAACAUUUCUGCAUGCUGACCCUGCCGCACCCCUCCGUACAGGCCCUACAGCAUAUAUUCCAGGUCCAGCUUGGGUCAUUUCUGUUGCGCCACAAUUUUCUAGCCGAUAUACAGAAGUGCCGCAGUUUACUGUCUUCCUGCGCAAUCGCCAUGUACUAUAGGACGUGUCACAGCAUGCUGCCCACACCUGCCAAGUGUCACUACACCUUCAACCUAAGAGAUCUGUUUAAGGUCCUGCGGGGGCUCUUCCAGGCCAGUGAAGCCGUCAUCAUCACAAAGGACAUGGCCGCCCAGCUGUUUGUGCACGAGACCACCCGAGUAUUUCACGACCGUCUUGUAGACGCGGGAGACAGAGAGAUCUUCUAUCAGUGCAUGUCAGAGGAACUGCUCAACUACUUCAAGGUUUCUUGGCCAGCGGAAAAACUGAUGAAGGAUCCGGUGCAGUUUGUCGACUUCUUGGAGUCGGAUUCGGCGGCGAAGAUUCGGGUUUAUCGUCCAGUGACCAAUCACAACCGUCUGGUAUCCAAACUGGAUGAGUACAGGAUGAAGAUGAAGAUGAGCUCGGCCAGCGCAGCGGACACCUACGUCUUCUUCAUGGAGGCCGUACAGCACAUCACAAGGGCCGCACGGGUGUUCAGGCAACCGGGGGGUCACAUGAUGAUGGUUGGCUUGGAUGGGACGGGAAAAGUGAGCAGUGCAGCGCUGGCCUGCUACAUAUCAAAUUGUAAAAUUUUCCGGCUGUCGAUAACGCAAGCAUACGGCCAUACAGAGUUCAGAGAGGAUCUGAAGAAAGUCUAUAAGGAAGCGGGGCUGCUGGGACAUAGUGUGGUGCUCCUCAUCCAGGACUCAAACAUCAUUCAGGACUCCUUCUUAGAAGACAUUAACUGCAUCUUGAACUCGGGAGACGUCCCAGACAUGUUUGACAAAGACGAGCUGGACGGCCUCCUGGUAGAACUCAAAGCGGAGGCUGUGGAGGCCAAUAUGUCUGACAGCCCCCAGUCCAUGCUGUCAUUCUUCAUGAAGAGAGUCCGUUGCAACCUCCAUCUGGUUCUAUCUUUGAGUCCAGCAGGACAGACCUUCCGUGAACACUGCAGGACACAUCCAUCUCUAGUGAACUGCUGCACCAUUGACUGGUACGAUGGGUGGCCCCAAGAGGCUCUUCUCAGCGUGGCAGAUACUUACAUUACACAGCAAAGCCUGGUGCAAAAGAACCAGAGUGACAUCGCGCAGGUUUGCGUCGCCAUUCACAGAAGCGUUUCGAGCAAAGCUGCACAAUACAAGGAAGAGACCGGAAGGCCCUACUACGUGACACCUCAGAGCUAUCUCAGCUUCAUAGACACCUUCUCACACAUCCUGCAGACGAAGAAGCAAAAGCUUAUGGAGGACAGGGAUCGCUUCUUCACUGGCCUCACAAAGCUCCUGGGGGCCACGGCCUCCAUUGAGAUCAUGCAACAGGAACUGGUUACCCUGGGGCCACAAAUAGAACAGAAAUCCAAGGAGAUAGAAGAAUUACUGGUGAAGCUGCAGAAGGACUCGGUGGUGGUGGAGCAGGUUCGAGCCAUUGUAAAGCAAGACGAGGAGGUGAUGGCACAAGAGACAAGGAUUGUACAGGAAUACGCCGAGCAAGCCCAGCAGGAGCUAAGUGAUGUCCUGCCCGCCCUGGAGGAUGCCGUGUCUGCCCUCGAUUCUCUGGAUAAAGCUGACAUCUCAGAAGUAAAAGUAUACACUCACCCGCCAUUCCUGGUACUGACAGUAAUGAACGCUGUAUGUGUGCUGCUACAACAUAAACCAGACUGGCCUACAGCCAAAGUGCUCCUUGGAGACCCAGGAUUCCUCAAAAAACUGGUCAAUCUAGAUAAGGACGGUAUUCCAGAGAAGGUAUUUUAUAAUUUAAAGAAAUAUUCCAGCAUUCCAGAUUUUAACCCACAGAAGGUGGGGGCUGUGUCUACGGCGUGCCGUUCUCUGUGUCAGUGGGUGCUGGCUCUUGAACAUUACCAUGACGUUCAGAAGAUGGUGAUUCCAAAACAAGAACAUGUGGCAGAAGCCCAGGAGGCUCUGAAGUUGGCGCAGGAGAGACUGAAGCAAAAGCAGGCCAGCUUAUCUAUGGUUGAAGAACAUCAACAACUGCUGCAAAAACAAUACAACGACAGUGUUGCCGAAAUAGAUGAUUUGGCGUUCCGGAAGCAGCUGACCAUCAAACGCCUGGAGAGGGCCGCCAUACUGAUGACCGCUCUGGAUGAGGAGAAGGUACGAUGGAAAGAGUCAGUAGAGAGACUGGACCUGCGGCUGCAGGGAAUCAUCGGGGAUGUUUUGGUUUCUGCCGCCUUCAUCGUGUACUGCGGGGUCUUUACCUCGGAGUAUCGGGCGCAGCUGAUGGGGCAGUGGUUGGAGUUUUGUAAAGCGUAUCGGAUCCCGGUAUCAGAAGAUUACUCCUUUAUCCAGGCUAUGGCUGCUGAGAGCGAGGUGACACGCUGGCACAGCGAAGGCUUACCCCCCGAUCCCUACUCCAUAGAGAACGCCAUAUUAGUUAAGAAUGGACAGCGCUGGCCUCUCCUGAUCGACCCCCAUGGUCAGGCGUAUAAGUGGAUCUGCCAGAUGGAAGGGAGUAAACUCCGGCAGGUCCUUGCCUCUGAUCCUGGCUACAUGAAAAUCCUGGAAAAUGCCAUCCGCCUUGGGGAGCCCAUCCUCAUACAGGAUGUUCCCGAUGACAUGGACCCCAGCCUCAAGCCUGUACUCGGAAAAGAAAUUCAUUGGCGGGCAGGACAGGCCGUCAUACGUCUAGGGGACGCCGAAAUAGAGUACAACAAGAAUUUUAGACUCUACAUGUCGACCCAGAACCCCAAUCCACAUUUCCUUCCGGCGGUUUGUAUCGCAGUCACCUUAAUAAACUUCACCGUGACAUUUAAAGGGCUGCAGGAUCAGCUCCUGAGCAGCGUGGUCACUCACGAACAGCCACAUCUGGAGGCGCAAAGAAACCAAAUACUGGAGAGUAUAGCGGCAGAUCUGAGUACACUGCGGGGCCUGGAGGAGCAGUCACUCACCUUACUGCAAAAAACUCAAGGCCAUUUACUUGACGACGAAGACCUCAUCAGCACCCUGCAGAAAUCCAAGUUCACGGCCAAGGAUGUCUUCAAGAGAAUGAGGGAUUCUGGGAAGACAGAAGCGAGCAUCGAGGUGGCUCGAGACAUCUACCUCCCCGUGGCCCUGCGAGGGGCCGUUCUGUAUUUCGUCGUGGCCGACCUGAUCCACCUGAACUACAUGUAUCAGUUCUCUCUGCAAUGGUUCCAUCAGGUUUUUGUGGACGCCAUGAAAGCGUCAGCAACUUGUAGAUCUCCUAUCCCACUGACUUCUUCAUCUUCUCCUGGAAUAAUCCGGCCAAUGAGCCGACAGCGGAAAGAAAGAGAAGAAGCGAAGGAGGAGAGCGUCCGGAGCGAGGACAUGCGGGAACACCUGGACAAUAUCUGCAACACUUUAACCAGAAAUGUAUACAAGAUCGUCUCCACCGCCCUCCUCACGGAGCACCGGCUUUGCUUCUCCUUCAUGCUGACCGUGAACAUAAUGAAAAACAACGUCGGGCAGGACAAAGCGGCAGGAUUUUUACCGCAGUCGGAGUGGGAAUUGUUUGUGCGCUUACUUCAGCUGAGCAACGUCGUGAAGAAGGGGAACUCUGCGGAAAAUGAUGGAACUGAGCAAGUGUCAGAAAAAAGUGACAAGAACGAGCAAGAUGAAGGCGCCAAAGAUGAGGUUUGGGGAGAUGGCACCCCGGAGUGGCUGUCAGAGAGCACAUGGCGGCAGUGCCAGUACCUGAGCCGAUACAUGGAGCCAUUCUCUGAUCUGUGCCCGUCAUUGGCUAACAACAAACAGCAAUGGAAGGAAUUCAGAGAUACCAGAGACCUGUAUGAUCUGCUGGGCAAAGAGUACAAGAAAGAUUCCACAGAAGUUGAUCUCCGGUUAGAUCCAGGAUUUGCUGCGGACCAGGAGAUCUCCCCCCCUAUUACUAUAUUUCAUUGGGAGACAACGACUUCAUUCCAGAAGCUUUUACUGAUAAAGGUUUUGCGUCCUGAGUGUUUGAUCAUUGGGAUCCGAUUGUUCAUCGCAGAGAAGAUGGGGGCAGAAUACGUCCAUAGUCGUCCUAUGAAUGUGAAGCAGGUGCUGGAUGAGUCCGGUCCUUCCUCCCCCCUAAUAUUCAUCCUCUCUGCCGGCACCGACCCAACUGCUCAGCUGGAGCGCCUGGCACUGGAGACCCAUGGCAGCACCCUGCACCUAGACAUGAUCUCCCUGGGACGUGGUCAGGGGGUGAAGGCAGAAGAGCUGAUAACCAAGGCCAGGAGACUGAAGGGCCGCUGGGUCUUCCUGCAGAACUGCCACCUCGCCGCCUCCUUCAUGCCCCGGCUCAGAGAAAUCGUGGAUGGAUUUGACCAGCAGGACGGCGCCGUAGAUCCCCAGUUCAGACUGUGGUUGAGCUCAAAGUCUGAAGAAUCCUUUCCGGUCUCUAUUAUACAGAAGGGUUUCAAGAUGGCAGUGGAGCCCCCUAUGGGCUUGAAAGGGAAAUUGCUACAGACCUUCGACAGCAGCGACAGCGGACUGAUCACAGAGAAGAUCUUCGAAAAGGAAAAUGGCCGACCGGCCUGGAAGAGACUCCUUUUCAGCCUGUGCCUGUUCAACGCCGUGAUCAAUGAGAGGAGGAAAUAUGGUGCCCUGGGGUGGAAUCUCCCAUAUGACUUCACCCUCUCCGACUUGGAGGUCUCCGUGCAGAUGUUGGAGAUGCUCACGGACAACCACAGAGACAUCCCGUGGACGGCGUUACGUUACCUAACAGGCGAGGUGGUGUAUGGAGGCCGCGUGACCGACUUGUGGGACCGGCGCUGCCUCCUGAGCAUCCUGGACAAUUUCUACACCCCGACUCUGCUGCAGGAUGACUACUCCUUCUCGGCCGACCAGGUUUAUCAUCCGUUGUCAGAAGAUGCGACCUUCCAGGACUGCAGAGCUUACGUGAAUUCUCUCCCUGACACGGACAACCCCGAAAUCUUCGGCAUGCACCCCAACGCUGAGAGAGCAUACCGGAUCUCCCAGGCGCAGGACUUCUUGGAUACCGUAGUGAGCAUGCAGUCCGGAAUGAGCGCAGAUCACACCGCUCACCGAGGUGACUAUAGUCAGGAUCAGAUGGUCCAGGACGUGAUCGCCAAUAUCCUCGCUAAAUUGCCGGCAACCGUGGAAGGGAAGGAGUCCCCGGAGCGCCCGGCCGGCGAGUCACAUGACCGGUGGACACUUGCCAACCUGCUUACUGAACCUGCAUGGGAAAUGCUUGUGAAAAACACUAAAGGUUAUGACCCCCUGGUUAAUUCUGCGUUACUGACCGUCCUGCGCCAGGAGAUCGAGCGCUUCAAUCACCUUCUGUCCGUCAUCCGCGCCUCGCUCCGGGCUCUGCAGCAGGCCAUCCGGGGAGAAGUUAUCCUGAAUAAAGGGUUGGAAGAUGUCUACAAGUCCCUAGCCAACCUGAAGGUGCCUGCUCUAUGGCAGCAAUGCUCCUAUGAAUCCUGUAGGCUGCUGGGUUCAUGGGUCGAUGACCUGGUUGCACGGCUGGAGUUUUUUGCAUCAUGGUCCAGGCGGGUGAUCACAUGUGCACAGGAGAGGUUUGGGGAUCAGCUCGGCCUCCAUAAGAAGAAACUUCAAUACCCCAGACCUAAUUCUUCCCAAACACCAGAUACCCAGGAGGUGACUACCACACAGCUCAGGGAGGAACCAAGCAGCUUCUGGCUCCCAGCAUUCUUCUUUCCACAAGGCUUCCUGACAGCCGUAUUACAAAACUACGCCCGGAUUAAACGCGUUUCCGUGGAUUCUCUCACCUUCACACAUCAAGUGCAGAGCGCAGACCUCGGUGUUGGCGUCACGGCUUGUAACGAGGCCUCUCCACCUGAGGGCGCCAUUCUGGUAUUUGGACUGUUCCUAGACAGCGCCCGGUGGAACCCCCAUACACAGGUCCUGGAAGAAUGUGAAGAACAGGAGAGAUUUUCUGCACUGCCUCAGAUCCAUUUCAUUCCACAUGUGGUGGACAGCGGCUCUGAAGGAGAACACAACCCGGUCUACAUGUAUGACUGCCCUCUAUACAGGACACCGCAACGUGCUGGAACCUUAUCCUCCACUGGACACUCCACUAACUUCAUUACAGCGGUGACUCUACCCAGUCCGGUCCAACCCAGUCACUGGAUCCGAAGAGGAGCAGCCCUGCUCUGCCAAAUACCGGACUGAACAAGCGGCACAUGACACAAGGAUAGCCUCUAUGUCCCUGGAGCCUGCAGAGAAUAUUGUGCACAACAACCAAAAUGUUUGAAUAGGAAAAAUAGUAAAAACUCCACUUAGUUUGAUCAAAACCUGUAAUAUAUAAUGUAUAGUGUAUUUACAGACAGAAUGUACACGUGUCUUUCUGGAAUGAUAAUAAACAGUACA